CGUGAGUCUCUGACCAUGCAAAGACAGUCACUGGGCGGGUCACCGGCGUCGAAGCUCCACCAGACACACGGCGGACCCAACGACCAGACCCUCACCGUCGUUGACUCCCCCAACCGCAAUAAGGACCUGUCAGUCUUUUCCACCACCGCCGCCUCCUCCUCCUCCUCAAUCUCUGCUGCCUACCAAGACGACGAGGAUCACAAAGCAUCGAAGCCUCACCGUCUGUCGUCACCGCCGCCCAUCACACCACACAAAUCCAUCCACGUUAUCCCCGUCCUCACUCUCCUCUGCUUCCUCAUCCUCUUCCUCUUCUCCCACAUCCCCUCCCAAUCAGAUUUGGCUCAGUUCAAUGGCUUCACUAAACUGCCUGGAUCGGCGAAACGCGUAGUUUCUGCCGACAGCGAAAUCGAUGACAUCGGGCGAUUUAUUGACAUCCGGAAGAGCGAUGUUUUGGCUAUCCGCAGCCUCCGGAAUUUGCAGGACACCCAAACCCAAAAACUCGUCCCCAGAUCUCGCUCUCAUCGAAAAAUCGCCGAUUUUUAAGCCGCAUUAGCUGGUUCUUUUCUCUGCUGUAAUCUCUACGCCACUGCUGUACUGCAGUCUCUCCGUCGGUGGUCACAUACGGAUGAACUCGCACGUGCCUCACCGUCAGCAUCUGUUCGCACGUGCGUCUCCGCUUGCAGGACAGAAGCUGCUUAAGGCUUAAGGCUUUCGUUUUCUUUUAUUUUUUUAAAUUUUUUUAAAACUAAUUUUGGUGUAAAAAUAUUACAUAAGCGCUUGCGUCGCUUAAUUUAUAGAAAGAUUUCGAACAGAGAAAUAACGUGAUUAUAUAAUUUAUAUUACUUA